AUGGCUGAAGAAAGAAUCGCAAACUCGAAACCCACAAUUGUCUCUCACCGGAUCUAUCGCACCUGGCCAUUCCCGAUAGAAUUACUUCCAUAUGAGAUCCGAGCGAAUAUCCUCACUCGUCUCAGCUAUACCCACGUGUACUUGGUGCGCAGAAUCGCUUCUGUCCAGCAGGACGAGGCGUACUACUACUUUAUCUCGUUCUACAGGCAGAUCAACGCCUAUGCACGUAGACGUGGUUACAAAAGUAGGGUUGUUGCCAUGGAGUACGAGCGCGGGAAACCAUGGCCGACUACCACCACUAUAAAAAUCCCUGGCAAGGAUCGUCUGAUGCACAUUCAAAACAGCGGCUUUGACCCUGUGUUGCUACGGCUCACCGAGGACAUGGACAAAGACCACCGGAACGAUACCUACAACCACAAGAGGCGAUGGAAGAAUCCAAUCAAAUAUCUCAUAUCUUCACUUCAUUUCAUCGCGGAUUGUUGCCCGCAGCUAGUGUCGUUGAGUGUCGAGCCUAAUCACCGGGCAUUAAUCCGCUCAAAGGAGCGAUUCAUACUCAAACUCGUCACAGCUUUCGUCAGGAUCGCACGAAAGUGCGAGAAACUCGAUGAAAUCAGGCUCGGACUACGGCGAAACGUUCUGGUACCCCCAAAUCGAUGGGUUGAGCGUGUCAAGUUCGUUAAGCUGGACCUAAAAGCCUUCGAGAAGGACUUUUGGACCAAGACGGAUAGUCGACAGGAAGACUUCGGCGAAGGCAAUCUCGUCUAG